AGAUGGAGAAAUACCGCAAGAUGAAGGUGGUGGGUCGCGGGGCCUUCGGUAUUGUCCACCUGUGUCUGCGGAAAGCUGAUCAAAAGCUGGUGAUCCUCAAGCAGAUCCCCGUGGAGCAGAUGACUAAAGAUGAGAGACUGGCUGCUCAGAACGAAUGCCAAGUGUUGAAACUCCUCAACCACCCCAACAUCAUUGAGUACUAUGAAAACUUCCUGGAGGACAAGGCUCUGAUGAUAGCUAUGGAGUACGCACCAGGAGGAACUUUGGCAGAAUACAUCCAGAAGCGUAACUCUUUGUUAGACGAGGACACCAUCAUGCAUUUCUUUGCACAGAUCCUUCUGGCCCUUCAUCAUGUCCACAACAAACUCAUCCUGCACCGAGACCUGAAAACACAGAAUAUCCUGCUUGAUAAAUACCAGAUGAUCGUGAAGAUCGGUGACUUUGGCAUCUCGAAAAUCCUGAGCAGCAAAAGUAAAGCCUACACCGUGGUGGGAACACCGUGUUACAUUUCCCCCGAGCUGUGUGAGGGGAAACCAUACAAUCAGAAGAGCGAUAUCUGGGCACUGGGCUGCGUUUUGUAUGAGCUGGCCAGUUUGAAAAGAGCUUUCGAAGCUGCUAACCUGCCAGCACUGGUGUUGAAGAUCAUGAGUGGUACGUUUGCGCCCAUAUCUGACCAGUACAGCCCCGAGCUACGGCAGCUCAUUUUAAGCAUCCUGAGCCUUGAUCCAUCCAAGCGGCCCCAACUCAGCGAGAUCACAGCUCAGCCCAUCUGCAUCCGUGCCCUUCUCAACCUUUACACCGAUAUUGGCAGUGUGAAAAUGAGGAGAAUUGAAAAGCCAUUGUCGACAGUAGGUUCUGCAUCAGGCAGGCGGGCAGCAGGACGGGUGAACAGUGCUCGGUCGAGAGGUGGGCUGCUGGCAAACCCCAGUAAAGCUGAAGUACCUCCUCCCCUUUCCAUCGUCUACACGUGGGGGAGUGGAAUUGCCUCACCUCUCCGGCUCCCAAUGCUGAACACUGAGGUCGUGCAGGUCUCUGCCGGCCGAACACAGAAGGCCGGAGUGACCCAGUCAGGUCGACUUAUCAUGUGGGAGGCUUUUCCUGGAGGAGCAGGCGAUGUGUCUCUCCCUGGCUGCACGGAGCAGGUCCAGCCACAGUUCAUCUCCAGGUUUCUGGAGGGGCAGUCUGGGGUGGCAAUCAAGCAUGUUUCUUGUGGAGACCUGUUCACAGUGUGUCUUACAGACAGAGGGAUAAUAAUGUCCUUUGGAAACGGUAGCAACGGUUGCCUGGGUCACGGGACCUUUAAUGAUGUCACACAGCCGAAAAUCGUGGAGGCGUUGUUAGGCUUUGAGAUCGCCCAGGUUUCAUGUGGAGCGUCACACGUCCUGGCGGCAACCAAUGACCGGGAAGUGUUUGCAUGGGGACGAGGGGACAAUGGUCGGCUAGGUUUGGGAAGUCAGGAAUCACACAGUUCCCCUCAACAAGUAAACAUCCCCCCUGAACAUGAAGCCCAGAGAGUCCUGUGUGGAAUUGACUCAUCAAUGAUUCUCACAACACACAACCACAUCUUGGCCUGUGGGAGUAACAGGUUUAACAAGCUGGCUCUGGAUGACGUGUCUACAGAGGAGGAGACUCAUGGCUCUGGUCAGGUGGAGGAGGUCCAUGUCUUCACCCCCGUGCAGUCACAUCCCCUGAGUGAAGGAAACAUAGUACACGCGGAUGUGGGGACAGCGCACUCUGCUGCAGUCACAGAGACUGGGGAAUGUUACACGUUUGGCAGUAACCAGCAUGGACAACUCGGCUCCAGUACCCGACACAACAAUCGCUUGCCCUACUUGGUCUCUGAGCUCCGUGGGAUAAAGGUCACCAUGAUCGCUUGUGGAGAUGCUUUCACUCUGGCAAUUGGAGCAGAAGGUGAGGUGUACACCUGGGGAAAGGGGGCCAGAGGACGGCUGGGGAGAAAGGAAGACCACACUGGAAUCCCCAAACAAUUACACUUGGAUGAAAACAACCCCUACUUCAUCACAUCCGUGGCAUGUUGCCAUGGAAACACAUUGGUGGCAAUAAAACCUUUGGGAGAUGAGCCCAAUGCAAGAUGACCUGAACCGUUCAAUGAGAAGUGCGCAUUCUCCUCUCCAUUGGACGAUGUCCGGUGCUGGAUGCAGCCAGAACAAUGCAGCCAGAGGGAGUUACGUCCUUGCUUUUGCAGCAGGGCCUGGAUAACAUUUUGUGCAAGUAUUGCAGAAUAUAUAGUCUUGUUGGCAUUUGGGAAUAGGCUGCAGCAACAUGUUACCACGUCUUCACAUUCUGUUCUAAUUACAAAAAGCUGUAAUAUAAUUUCCUUCAACCUUGACUGGAGCUUACUGUAUGUUUCUUAAUGCAUCAGUUAAGGCUAUAAAUGCCUUUGGUUCUCACACGCUACACUUUACCAAAUAUAUACAAGUAUUUGCAAGUGUUAGAAAACAUCCCCACUAUAAAUCCCCUUGGCAGAGGGAGCUGCUAAACACAACCAGGUUUCUGGUGUUCAUGAUGCCAGCUAUUCAGUGCAGUAACUAGACUAGUGACAUGGAAUAUGGGACCAGAGGAAAUCGCUGCAAAUUAAAUCUUGUGCUGCACAAUUUCUGCACUUUUGUUAUGACAUUUUCUGGGACUUGCUCCAAGUGUUUGUAAAGAGUACUGAUACAAGUAGAAAAUGCAGUGGGUACUCCCUGUGGAGUCCCCAGUAGGUUCACCUAUCCAUAUUCUCCACAGAUGCUGCCUGACCCGCUGAGUUACUCCAGCACUCUGUGAAACGUCACCCAUCCAUAUUCUCCACAGAUGCUGCCUGACCCGCAGAGUUACUCCAGCACUCUGUGCAAUGGGCUGCAGAAAUUAAUGGACAGAACUUAAAUGGAUCACAAUGUUUCCAAGUUUAAUGAAGGAUACAAGGGUCGAAGCUUGAAGACAAAAUGAUUUUCUGCUGCUGCUGGUGUAGAUCCAUUUGUUUAUCUGCCUGCUUUCUACUUGUAAAUGUAGACACAGUCCUCUAUUAGUCAUAGAGUGAUACAGUGUGGAAACAAGCCCUUCGGCCCAACUUGCCCACACAGGCCAACAUGUCCCAGCUACACUAGUUUGACCCAUAUCCCUCCAAACCUGUCCUAUCCAUGUACCUGUCUAACUGUUUCUUAAACGUUGGGAUAGUCCCAGCCUCAACGACCUCAUCUGGCAGCUUGUUCCAUUCACCAUUCACCCUCUAUUGAUACCAGUUCUAGAUUGGAUAAUCACCUGCCACACGUCCAUGGGCAUUUUACAUUGAUAACAGAAUGAUAAUAAAUCAUUCUUGUUGCACCAUUUCAUGACUCGGAUCUUCAAUUAAAACCUAAUGCAUUAGUAUCUGUAACGGAAGAUUCAGCCAGCUCACCACUCUAGAAAUCCUGCAUGCCCAUGUACUGGAACACAUUUGCUUAUUAAAAUUCUUCCCUGGUUGUCUUUGCACAGAAGGACAAUCUUGCAUGAGAAUAUCAAUCUCUGUGUCAUCCACUUGAAGCUGACAGGAAAUUACAUCUGCAAUAAUAGAUGCCCAUGAUUGAGUUACAAAACCAUGAGGCCGUCACGACAAGUAAUAACCAUCUCGCAACACUUACCUUUAGUUACUGAUUUCUAAUUCCUUCUGUGGUGUCUGCAUUAAAUGUGUAUUGAAGAUGGAGUUUAAGUAUUAAAUGUUUCAUGUGCUGUGA